UCGUCUGGUUUUUAUUUAUUUCGCAGCAUGUUGUCACCCCCGGCGUGAAAUUCCAAAAACGAGCGCACGUAUGUAAACGAUAACUGCUCGGUGUCGGGUGCACAAUGCCGCGGGGACUUAUCCUUACCCGAGGUGGAGGGAACUAAGCCCCCUGGGAGCAACGUCACUCCCUUUGGCACAUCAACCACCGACCGUCCGCUUGCACGCGCCCCAAACGCAGCACCACGGAGGACGUCAGGAUCGCACCCAUCCCCUCGACGCGAAAUGCUUUGCGAACUGCAUGUAACUCCAGCGAUCCUCCCCGAUUCCGCGCGUUUCGGCGAGGAGGCGUCCGCACGCUCGGGCACACAGACGGGCUAAAAGAAAAAAAAGGAAAAAAAAAAAAAAAAGUGCUGCUUUUCGGUGCGAAGUGGGGAAGGUCAUUUAAAGUGGGGGAAGAGAGAGACGCGCGGAUAUGGUCUGUGGCGGAGGAAGCAGCAGCAGCAGCACGGCGAGCCAACAUCUGUAACUUCGGGAUUUACUUGUAAAAGGCGCUUCCCGCUGAACGGAGCGGAUCGCGGGGAUAUUUUCUGCGUGUAAACAUGCCUGUGCGAAGAGGUCACGUUGCGCCACAAAACACGUUCCUUGGGUUGAUUAUUCGGAAAUUCGAGGGUCAGAACCGGAAAUUUGUGAUAGCCAAUGCCAGGGUGGAGAACUGUGCCAUCAUCUACUGCAACGACGGCUUCUGCGAGAUGACUGGCUUCUCCAGACCGGACAUCAUGCAGAGGCCGUGCACCUGCGACUUCCUCCACGGUGACCUCACCGACAAGGAGGCCAUCAGCCAGGUGUCCCAGGCGGUGCUUGGGUCGGAGGAGCGCAAGGUGGAGAUCACCUACUACCGGAAGGAUGGGUCUGACUUUCAGUGCAACACCCACAUCAUCCCGGUGAAAAACGAGGAGGGCGUGGUGAUGAUGUUCAUCUUAAAUUUUGAUUACGUGGUGGACGAGGAGAGCGACAACUCCACCGAGAAGAUAAGCCCAACGUCCCCUACGAAGUCGGAUCAAAGGCGGAGCAGAUUCUUCCGCUUCCGCCAGGCCGCUUUGAGCCUGAUGAACACCAACAAGCAAUCUCUUCCACAAGAGGACCCCGAUGCUGUGAUGGUGGACUCACCCAAAGAGAAUGAGGACUCGGUGGCCCUGCAGAGCUUCCCCUCACCCACCAAGAGCAUUUGCAGUCCCAUUGAGGCCAAUGACACGCAGGGGCUAAUAAGCUCAAGCCGCCACUCUUCCCAGGCUAGUGUUGGUCAUGAGCCAGUUGAUCAGUCAUCUCCUAAACUCCCCUGGGAGAAGUUGUACCAGACAGAGGCGCACCAGUCCUCGACCGCCCUGUCAAACACCUUCCCCAGAGGAAGCAUCAACAGCAUGAGGCGAGCCUCGUCCGUCCAUGAAAUUGAAGGCUAUUCCAAUUCCAAAAGCGUAUUCGGGGAUCGGCAUAUAAGUGAAGGCCCUUAUAAUCAUGUGAAGUCCAGCCUGCUUGGCUCUACCUCUGAUUCGAACAUCAACAAGUAUAGCACCAUCAACAAAAUCCCUUUGAUUGCACUCAACUUCUCCGAGGGGACUGAAAAGAAGCCUCACUCCCCACCGACGUCCGAGACAACCAUCAUAGCACCGAAGGUCAAGGACAGAACUCACAAUGUCACAGAGAAAGUCACACAGGUCCUGUCACUCGGUGCUGACGUGCUGCCAGAGUACAAACUCCAGACGACCCGCAUCGACAAGUUCACCAUCCUCCACUACAGCCCCUUCAAAGCUGUGUGGGACUGGCUGAUCCUGCUGCUGGUCAUCUACACGGCCAUCCUCACUCCUUACUCUGCUGCUUUCCUUCUCAAUGACCAAGAGGAGCAGAAGAGGCGUGAAUGUGGAUACUCCUGCAGCCCCCUCAACGUGGUGGAUUUAAUGGUGGACAUCAUGUUCAUCAUCGACAUACUCAUUAACUUCAGGACCACUUACGUGAACCACAACGAGGAGGUGGUCAGCGAUCCAGCAAAGAUUGCAAUCCAUUACUUUAAAGGCUGGUUCCUUAUAGACAUGGUGGCAGCAAUCCCCUUUGACCUUCUUAUCUUCGGCUCAGGAUCAGAUGAGACCACCACUCUGAUUGGCCUACUGAAGACAGCGAGGCUCCUGCGAUUGGUGCGCGUAGCCAGGAAGCUGGACCGCUACUCUGAGUACGGCGCUGCAGUCCUCAUGCUGCUCAUGUGCAUCUUCGCCCUCAUUGCCCACUGGCUGGCCUGUAUAUGGUACGCCAUCGGCAACGUGGAGAAGCCGUACCUGGAGCACAAGAUUGGCUGGCUGGACAAUCUGGGCGUGUCCAUAGGGAAGAGAUACAACUACAGCGAUCCGAGCUCCGGCCCCUCUAUCAAGGACAAGUAUGUCACGGCACUUUACUUCACCUUCAGCAGUCUGACCAGCGUGGGCUUUGGAAAUGUUUCUCCAAACACCAAUUCAGAGAAGAUCUUUUCCAUCUGUGUCAUGCUGAUCGGCUCCCUCAUGUACGCCAGUAUUUUUGGAAACGUCUCUGCCAUCAUCCAGAGGUUGUACUCCGGUACGGCCCGCUAUCACGCUCAAAUGUUGCGGGUCAAGGAGUUCAUACGCUUUCACCAGAUUCCAAACCCACUGAGGCAACGGCUGGAGGAGUACUUCCAACACUCCUGGACCUACACCAACGGCAUCGACAUGAACACGGUAUUAAAAGGUUUUCCUGAGUGCCUGCAGGCGGAUAUCUGCCUUCACCUCAACAGGAAUCUUCUUCACAACUGCAAAGCGUUCCAGGGAGCCACCAAAGGCUGCCUGAGGGCCCUGGCCAUGCACUUCAAAACCACUCACGCCCCACCUGGAGACACUCUGGUCCACAGCGGCGAUGUGCUCACCGCUCUCUACUUUCUAUCCCGCGGCUCCAUUGAGAUCCUGAAAGACGACAUUGUGGUGGCCAUCCUGGGAAAAAAUGACAUCUUCGGAGAAAUGAUCCAUCAAUUUGGCAAGCCCGGGAAAUCCAACGCUGAUGUGCGAGCUCUGAGUUACUGCGACCUGAGCACCAUUCAGAGAGAGGACCUGUUGGAGGUGAUAGACAUGUACCCGGAGUUCGCCGACUUCUUCUUCAACAACCUGGAGCUCACCUUCAACCUGAGAGAUGAGUCUGCAAAGCCCUCAGGCUCCCAAGACUGUGAUUCAGACGGUGAGGCCAGUAAGAGCACUAAGAGGAGGAUCUCCUUCACACCAGAUCCGUCUAAAGGGGAUAACAAGGAAGUGGUUGGUGAAAUUGGGAGGGAGAGGGAGUCUAACUCGUGCCUAAAGAGAUCUUCAGAAGCCCUGGGUCCCUCUCCACCCAGCGCCGCGGUCCUGGACUCAAAUCUUGUUGUCAGAGACAACUUGGAGAGACGGCCAUCUUUUGAAGAUCUCUGCUGUGAUAAAUGGGCCUGUAAGAAGCCUACGGACUUCCUGGAUGAGUCAGCACAGUUCCAGGAGCUGAGAGAGGACGAUAAUUCUGCCAGCGAAAUCACAUAUGGAGAGGUGGAACAGCGCCUGGGUCAGCUUCAAGAGCACCUGAACAGGCUGGAGUCUCAGCUGAUGUCAGAUAUUCACACCAUCCUGCAGCUGCUGCAAAGACAGCCGACGCUGGGACCUCCAGCCUACAGCACUGUGACUGCCAGUCCGGACUAUCACAGACCCGCAGUGAAGGUUCAGCCAGUUGCUAUGACCGCAAGCCAUUUCUUCAGCCAUACAGGAACUCAAGGCCCCGGCCUCAAACUGAAGAGGACCGUUGAGGAAUCCAAAGACUCCCUGUCGAGCUUGGCCAACGUGAAUGCACCCAUGGAGGACAGCCUUACAGCACUGCUUGUACAAAGACAUACAGAGCCACAACAACAACAACAACAACAGCAGCAGCAGCAACAGCAACAGCAGAUCACAGGGCAUCAGCAGUCUGCAUUACUCCUUCUUCCAACUGAAACCUCCUCCAUCUCCUCCUCCUCUUCCUCUCCAUCUCCCUCUGACUCCAACCUCAACACCACUGGACUCCACAGACCUGUCUCAGACCAAGAGUUUCCGAGGCCAUAAGGCUUCCGGCAGCGCAGUGUUCUGAUAUCUGGGUUGUAAUGCUGUAAUUACUAAGUAGCAGCUGUUUUUUUUUUUUUUUUUUUUUUUUUUUUCAGCAUGCCAGCACAGACAUCUGUAUAGUUGAUUUGCAAUGGCUUGGUAAUAGAAGUAAGAUGUUUGCGUUUUUUUUUCUCAUUAUGCAUGUGAGUAAAAUACUGUUUGCUGCAGCUAACAGUGCGUGAACAAACUGUUUUCUGCAGUUAUCAGUGUAAUAAUAAUGGUUACAUAUUGUAACAGCUUCUAUCGACACAGAAGCCCUCUGAUGGACUCUUUUGGCAUCAUUGCUUGUCUAUUCACACGCUCAAUAUUUACAUGUAGAUGCCCCAGCCAAUCAGGGCGAAACCUCUUCACCACACAAAGAGUGGAGACAACAUUUCCUCAGUCAUCAAGUCCACAGGGGCCUUAUUACAGAAAAAUGUCUGAAUUGCUCGACUUAUUUUAACUUAUGUUUCAAAGAUCAAGUGUUAGCUUCUCAAACAGAUGGGAAACGGCUCUAGCUCUACACUGAAGUGUAAGCUUCUUCGACAAGCUAACAACAGUGUUAGCUUUUUUCAACAGGCUAAUGGCUGGGUUAGCUUCUCGAAUGGGCUAACAACAAACUAAGCUCCUCUAGCAAGCUAUUAACCAUGUUAGCUUCUCCAACAGGCUAACAUCUGUAUUAGCUCCUCAAAUAGGCUAACAACAAUGUUAGCUUCCCCAACAGGCUAACAUCUGUAUUAGCUCUUCUAACAGUAGUUAGGUCCUCUAACAUCUGUAUUAACUCCUCUUAUGGACUAACAACAGUGUUUGCUUUUCCAGAAGGGCUAACAUCUGUAUUAGCUCCUCUAACAGGUUAACAUAUUUCAAUCUUGGUAUUUCUGUGCUCAUGGUGUUCCCCAUCGACAAUGUUUCUGUCAUACAGACCUAAUGACAGUUAGUGGCAUUUAUACCGUGUUCAGGACAGGGUCAAUACCAUCCUAACUUAAAUUCUUAAUUCAGGAGAUUCUUUAGCGCUUGGUCAAUUCUGUAAUAGUUUUUUUUUAUUUUUUUAUUUUAUCCUAACAUAAAAUAGGCUUAUUUCCUAAAAGCAGUUACAAAACAUGUUUUUGUAACACUUAAAAUCCUAAAUGUCAUCCCAAAUUCAGAUACGGUAGGAUUUCAGACUUUUCUCUAAUGAGGCCCCUUCCUACUUACUUUGACUUAAUCGGCAGGAAUGCUGGUUCAAGGGUUACACCUGGUUGUGAUAGAUGAAGCACUUCAGCACCCAACUCUCCAUGUCACUCAGACUUACUACUGUAAUGGGCUCUGAACUGCUGCUUGUGAAUCUGUUGCGACAUUUUGCACACAGUCGGUCACUCUGGGCUGGGAUGAGUGGGCAGCAAGGCUAGAGGCAGAACAUAAUGAGCACCACAUCUGUCCCGCUGUUUGCAAAUGGGGUCUUAGUACACCAGUCGCACCACAUUUAUAAUUACAUUCAUGGAUGCAGGAAACAUGCAUGACAACCUUGACUAUUUUAGAGUAUGUGUCCUUCCUUCCAUCAAAUUGCAAGGCAAGAGGAGAUGAUUGACCUACCUCACACUCGACGGGUCCAAAUGUGCAACAGUCUGGGCAUCACUGCGUCUCAUCAUGUGGGUUUCUUCCACGGAGCUGGGAUUAGACUGUCUUCCCAGCACAGAGGCCAUAGCCACCACAGCUCACCAGUCUGUGCAGCAGAUGGAGGAUGACGAAUCAAAUCAGGAAGGGCAUGCACCAUAUGAGUCAAGCCAACUGCUCCUCAACAUCCCGAGGCGAGGUACCUGUGGGUGCUGAGCAGGCUUGUUAAGGAUCAGUGUGGGACCAGAAACAGGGACUCAUGGCCAAGACAGGAACUCAAAAACCUGUUCUUUGUGGUUCAAGAGGAGGUGAAGGUGGACACACCAUCACAUAGAAAGUCUCAUAACUUCUUCUAAAUACUGAGCAUGGGCCAGUAGAAAGGCAAAAGUAAGUCACCUGAUAGACAAGGUGACAGUUGGAAGUCAGCAAAUCCUCAGCUACCAGCACCCCUGUGCAGAAAGGAAAGGAAAAUAGGACAAACAUAUUUCCAGGACAAACACUGCCCGGAGAAUUCCUGUCCAUCGACUGAUAAAGAGUUAACAGCCAUCAUUUCUUUGGACAGGAAUUUGCCAACAACCCUGUCAAGCUUUUCCCACCCUGUCAUGCCUGUGGUCUAAAGAAGAUAUCUCUCCAGAGUGUCAGCAGAGAGCAGCUCCUCCACCCCUCACUGCCAAAGUGGCCCAUUGAUCACUUAGCUUCCUAGGCUCCAGUCAGAGCAACAGACAAGUAGAGAUGUAGAGAUAGAGGACAGGACUAAAGGUGGUUAAUUCUGGCCAGCGUGCUGUCCAAAGCUGUCACCAAGGCUUGUCCAGGUAGUUUGGAAGUGCAACCUGAGACUUGGAGGCAAUAAUGUGAGCUGAAGAAAGGAACCACUGCUUUGUCUGUGUCUCAUUGUGCAUGUAUGAGUACCUUAAGCAUGACUAAAGUAAUGAUGACAAAGCUGCUCCUCCUCCAGUUGCUGAGGUCAUUGGGUAGGACCUGCCCCUUUCAACUAGAGUGAACCCUGGGUCUGGGCUGGUGCUGGUUCAGAGUUGGGUCAAGAGUCACGACAUUCAGUCACUGUAUACGUCUUCAGUUUCCCAGCAUUGCUUGAAAUAACAAUGGCAGAUAUUGAUUCCUUUCCUUACAACCAGACUGGUCCUCCAGCCACUGUUUCUUUGGUCAGAUGUCCAUGGUGCAAAUCUUUUGUCUGGUCUGCCAUGGAUCAGAGCGACCACGCUACACUAGCUCUGGUGGGGAGAUGCAGUUUUAGUUGCAUCACAAUAAAACCGCCCACAGCCCCUGACAUAAGCAGGCUUUGCGCUGAACCAGCAAAGUGUUGGUGGUGCUCUGGAACCAGUCUUCCUGGCCAAGAGCCAUUCCUUUGGCUGCAGAAACUCAAAUAACUGGGUCAAGAGUAGGCACUGGCUCUGAACCAGCACCUGAACUGCCUUGCUAGAAAAGGGGUAAGCACUGACAAGGCCAAGGAUGGAAACGCAUGCAACCGAUAUACUCCACUGGAACUGAAGAUCCUGCCUGAAACUGGACACACUGGAACCCGUAACACAUGUUGAUGGAUCUGGUCACCGUUGGUAGAGCCUGUUAGAGUCUAAAGCCUGCGUGUGGUACAUUCAGACACUCUGAGGGUGUAAGCCCGCAUACAAACUGAUUAUACAAACUUUUUUCUGCAGUUUCUAGUGUAAUACAGCAUUAUUACAAAGGUGUGAGAACAGUUUUCUUCUCCCUAGUUGUAUGCCUGUCUUCUCUGAAGUGUGACUCAGGGGUUAUGGACAAUUGCACUGCAAUAUACAGUACAGUAUCAAGUAUACUGUAGUUUUCUUUCUUUAAACAAUGUGCAUUAUUACUGCGGUCACUGAUGUGCACCUACUGUACAACGUUAAGCCAAUAGAAUACACCAUACAUGCUUGUCCGGGCAGAUAUCACAACACGCAGAUAUACGAGGAUUCUGCUGUUAUCCCAGAGCUACGCCCCUGACAAACAAGUAUGAUGUAGGUAUUUCUACGAGGCAGUGCAUGCGUUUUAUAUCUAUAUAUUUACUGUUUUGCACUGCUUUAUCAGCCCAAAGUAGCACAUGACAAUAUAAAAUGAUGUCAGCAUAUUUGUGUAUUUUUAGGAUGCACUUAGAGGGUGGGUUUGAUGGAGAGAGAGGGGAUGUAGGGGGGAACACGUGGAAAGUUAGUACUUGCGCAUAAACGGGCCCCAGAGAGGGUCGUGUGCCUAUACAACCAAUCCAAAUGCUAAGUCAGAACUUCAUGUAUAACUAAGCAUCAACGACUCAGAUCGUUUCCCUGUACUGUUUUUUUGUUGGCAAUGUACAUUAAAGUAAAAAUGUUGUUAGAUAAUUGUUAGAAACGAAGUACAUCAUAUUGCCAGAUGUAAAGGAAAAAAUGUAUUUUUUUUAACUGAGUAACUUAUAUGAGAAAACUCUUUAGCAAAACAGUAGUACAUAUGUUUGUUUUGAAGCUGUGGGAGCAAUAAAUGAGAACACACUUACGGCUGA